AAGCAAAAGAAAAUGAGGAACUACGCAACCAUGAAACGAACGCUUAGUCUCAGAGAUCAGAGGCUUAAAGAAAAGGAUAGAUUAAAACCUAAAGAGAAAGAAAAGAAGGAUCCCAGCGCGUUAAAGGAAAGAGAAGUUCCGCAACACCCUUCCUGCUUAUUUUGCCAAUAUAAUACACAGCUGGGCCCACCUUACCACAUCCUCGUUGAUACCAACUUUAUCAACUUUUCCAUAAAAGCCAAACUGGACUUAGUGCAGUCAAUGAUGGGCUGUCUGCAUGUCAAGUGUAUCCCUUGUAUAACUGAUUGUGUAAUGGUUGAAAUUGAGAAAUUGGGGCAGAAGUAUCGAGUGGCUCUAAGGAUCGCCAAGGAUCCAAGAUUUGAACAAUUACCAUGUACACACACAGGAACCUAUGCACAUGACUGCUUAGUACAGAGAGUAACUCAGCCUAAGUGUGUGUAAGUGUUACAUUGUGCCCACAGUU